UUCGCAGCUCAGUCCCAGGGAGGAGCUGAUGAGAGAGGGAGAGAAAGACCGUCAGACAUUUUAUAAAGUGUCCCAAAACUUAGCGUAGAUAGCGCGUUAUGUCUCACAGCAUAUAAAUAAAUAUUCCCCAGAACACAGAGCACCAGGCAGCCCGUGAAGCAGCGCCGCCACGCCCAGGGAAGCAAAGAUAAGCAGCCAUUAGUAAAAGUGCACGGCGAGAUUGGCGGAACUCUAAUGGCGGGGAGAGCGGUGAAGCCGGACAGGGAACAGUGAUUUUCUGUCCUCCUCGCCCCGUGGUCGUCGUGAUGGACGCCGCCACGCCCUCAACCAGUGCAGGGCCGCCCGGCACCCAUGCCACGCCCGCCCCACCCACGCAGCACACGCAACAACAGCAGCAGCAGCAACAACAACAACAACAACAACAACAACAACAGCAGCAACAACCUAAGAUAGAUCCUUUACGUCUGCUCAACUGCUUGAGUAUCCUGCUGAAUCCUAAGGGCGGCAUCAAGGGCGUGGCGGAGGUGCACAGAGUCAAGGGAUUGAUGACCAAGUAUUCCAAGAAACUGGUGAGCAAAUGUAUCUAUCUCAACAUCCUGCAGGCCACCGACACCCCGCUGCUGGACCUGUUCUACGAGGAGGGCGGGUGGGAGCUGGUGGGCGCGUGGCUGCAGGAGGCGGUGAUCGGCAGGAAUUGGCCGUUGGCGACGCAGGUGCUGACCCUGAUGGAAGUCUCGCCGCUGACGCUGGCCAGGCUGAAGCGCAACUCCACGCCCAAGCUGGUGAAGGACCUGUCCAGGGUGACGCAGGCGCCAGGCGUGCAGCUGGUGGCCAAACGGCUCGUGCAGAAGUGGAUGGAGGUGGUGCGCCAGGGAGACUGUGUGGCCGCCGCCGCCGGCAUGGGUCUGGCCAACACCGCCCCUGCCCUCACCACCCCCAUCACCACCUCACUCCCCGCUACCAAUAACAGGCCGGCGGAGCCUUCUGGAACUCCGGUAGCCGCGCCGCCAACUCUCGCCGCCGGCCCCGCCCCCGCUGCCACCGCUGCUGGCGGCGUGGAGGGCGGGGAGGGCAGCUCAUCGGCAGACGAUGAGUCUUCCAACGCUUCUACAGAGAGCGAGGCGGCGGCGCCCCCAGCGGCCACCACGCCCAUCCGCAUCACCAUCCGCAGCGGGUCGCAGGUGCUGGCCAAGGUCACCUCGCAGCGCCCCAGCCAAGACUCCACCGACAGUGAUGACAACAAGCCCCUCAGCCUCCUGCGUGAAGAGGUGAACACCUCCCGCUCCAGACACUCCUCCGCCUCCACCUCCACCACAUCUACCACCACUACCACCACCACCACCACCACUACCACAGCCACCUCCACCACCACCACUACCACCUCCUCCUCCAGUAGUGUCGGGCCGCCUCCCGCCUCCACCACCACCACUGCCACCAGCGCCGUGCACACCAUCGUCACCUUCACCACGGGCCAUUCUGCUCCCACGCCCAUCCCUGCCUCGCUCCCCAGCACGACCACCACCACUACCACUACCACCGCCUCCACUGCUGUGUCGGGUGAGGACAGCGCCUCGGCAGAACCCACCACCACCGCCACCACAGCUGAAAACGACACAGAUGGCGCUGCUGCCGCGGAGGACUCAACUGACGCCGCCGCUGACGACAAAAGCAGCACGGCGUCAGGGGAGAGCAGCAGCGUGGCGAACGGCGAGGCCACGGCUGAGGAGAAGGCGGCGGCGGAUGAUGGCAAGAGUGAAGGUAAGCGAGGCAAAGUGAGGAAAACACGCGAGCGAGAUAAGACGAAGGAGAAGGAGGAAAAGGCCGCCAAGGACAAGGACAAGGACAAGGAGGAGAAGAAGGAGCGAGAAAAACAACGCUCUGACAAGAAGGACAAGGAGCGGAGUAAAGGCAACAGCAGCAGCAGCAGUAGUAGUAGUAGUAGUAGUAAGAGUAGUGACAAGAGUAGGCACUCCACCAAACACCGCAGCAGUAGCAGCAGCAGCAGCAGCAGCAAGGAUAAGGACAGGCGAGACAAGGACCGCAAGAGUAGUAGUAGCAGCAGAAGGAGUAGUAAUAAGGACAAAGUGCGGGACAAGGACAAGGACAAGGACAAGGACAAGGACAAGGAAAAGGAAAAGGAAAAGGAGAAGGACAAAGAUAAGGAGAAAGACAAGAAGCGUCAGGAGAGCGAGGACAAGGCCACGCUGGAGAAGGUGAAGCCCCUGUCAGCAGACGGCCUGGCCAAGAUCCCCCGCAAGGCAGCGCCGCCCACCUUCCUGGACGCCCUGGGCUCCGCGGACGCCGACAUGAAGCAACCCCGCAAGCCUUCCUCCGUUAAGACCUACAAGUCGAGAGGCUUCCGCAACACCGGCCUGCUGGACGAGCCCGCGCUGCCGCCCAAGAAGCCCGGCGACAAGAAGGCGGCGCCCGCCACGCCAAGCAGCCCCGCCGUGAAGCGCGGGCCCCUGGAUGAGCUGGCCCUCACGCCGCCGGACAAACGCGUGCGCUCCUCCGUGUCGUCACAGCCUCUCACCUCGGACAAGCCGGGCGGCGUCAAACUCAUCUCUCCCAAACGACCCUCUCUCUCUGACGACGGUGGGUUUAUGGCGGCUCUCACUGCGGCGGGAAGUGAGAGGAAGAGAGUGACGCGGAAGAGGAAAUCGAGUGAGAGUGAGAGCAAGGACGGCGGGAAGGGAGAGGAAGAUGGCACCAGCUCACCACCGCAAGGCACUACUAAGGAUGGCAUCAUGUCCCCCACUAAUGUCAGGCCCACUUUUAAUUUCUACCAGGAGACGCUGAAGAGUGAUGAAGAGAAGGGAGAAGGGGAGGAGGGAGCGAAGAAGGAGGAGAGUGAAGAGAACGAAGAAGAAGUGGAAGGGAAGGAGGAAGAAGAGGAGAAGAUGGAUGUCGAUAACAGCGAGAAGGAAGAACAAGAGACCAUGGAAACUGAAGGAGGCGAUGAAGAAGGACUCAAGGACGAGGAUAUUCCCUUGGCCCCAGCAGUCCCAGCCCCAGCACAGGAGGACUACGAGAAGGUGGAGGUGACUUUCGCUGCUCCCGACCCUGGCACUGUGCGGGGCGUGCUUGUCUACCAUCGCCCCGCUGACCGAAGGAGGAAAACGGUGAAGUGGCGAGCCGAGGAUGACUUGCAGGAGGUCUUCUAUUUUGAGCUAGAUGAGACGGAACGAGUGAACGUGAAUACCGUUAAGUUCAACGAGCUGAUGGCGAUGGAGAAGCAGCGAGAGCGGGAGAUGAUGGGCAAGGGGCGGGGUCUGGGGCGUCUGGACCUCAUGAACAAAGGGUUAGGUCACCACAACAUGGGAGCACCAAUGGAGAAUGUCACCACCUUCAUGCGCUGGUCACUCCUGCCUGUUAUGUUGACGGGGCAGCCCAAUGUGGUGACGGGCGCCAGGAGUAAAGAGAAGCACACACAAGCAGCGCGGCAGACCUCCACCAUGCCUGCCUUCUUCCACCCCUCAGCGCUGCCGGAGACCCCGAAGGAGCCUGACCCUGAGAUGGUGGUGCGUGCGGAGCCCAAGGAGAUCCCGCUCAACGACGUGCUGGGCCAGGACAACCUCCACGACCACCGCGACAAGUACUGGCCGGAGCCCCUCAUGAGCGAGCCGCCCCCCUACCCACCAUACCCCAUGGGCGGCGGCUUGCCCCCCGCAGGCGGCGCCAGGGGCGGAGGUUCACACUGGGUCAUCGGAGGAGGCGGCCCCCCGGCACCCGCGUACGGCGGCGGCCCCAUGUAUGGCGGCUCAGGUCCUAUGCCCAUGGGUCCCGGAGGACCCGGCCCCGCCGGCCCAAUGGGGGGCUAUGGCGGCCCCGCGGGCUACGCGGGGGACAUGGGUGAGGGGAUGGACGGCUGGGGCCCUGGACCAGACUACCCCGGCCAGAACAUGAUGAUGAUGGGCGGCGGUCAGAACGUGAUGAUGGGCGGCCACCCCAGCAUGGGCGGCCCACGCAACAUGAUGCCCAACAUGGGCAUGGGCGGCGGCCCGAGGUUCCACGGCCGGCAAGGCGGAGGAAACUGGAGCAACUCAGGACGCCCGCCUCCCAUCUGCAGACACUUUAUGAACGGCCACUGCAAGCACGGCAAGUCCUGCAAGUACAUCCACCCCCCGCCCCACUAGUGUGUGUGUGUGUGUGUGUGUGUGUGUGAGAGUGAGUGAGUGAGGGUGGGAUGGACAAGCUGGGCCUGGCCUGGUGGAGGUGGCGGCGGUGAGCGGGCAGUGUUGUGGUGUCACAGUGAUGUGCUGGACAAGAUGGCGCCCUGCAGUGCCGCGACAGUGAUGCGUUGCUUUGCCACCAAGCAGUGAGUGACAGUGGUGGCAGUGACGGUGUGGUGGUGGUGGCGGCGUCACGGUGGGUGUGGCGGCGUCACGGGACAAGUGAAUACCUAAACACUCUAUAUUGUACAUUGAACACUGUACUGUUCAGCAUAGUAUUGUACAUUUAUUAUUUUGUGUAACAAAGUUUUUGUAUAAAUAAAAUAUUGAAGUGGUGAGAUAUCAAGGGAUAAUUAUAUUUGUUAAACAUAUUCA